UCUUCAUACCAUAUGUCCGAUUGUCUUCUGCUGACUACCCAUCUUUCUUAAGUUCACAAGCAACAGAAGAAAAAAGGGAACUCUCUUCACCUCUAGAGAGAGAGAGAGAGAGAGAGAGAGAGAUGAGUCUGAAGAAAAAACCCAAGGCAGUAAUAGUGGGAGGGAGCAUAGCAGGGGUAUCAUGCGCACAUACGCUCGUAUUAACAGGGUGGAACGUUUUGGUGGUGGAGAAAUCAUGUGCUCCCCCAACUGGAAGCCAAACUGGGGCAGGACUUGGCCUUGACCCUCUCUCUCUCAGACUCAUCCAGUCAUGGAUUCAAGACCCUGAGCUUCUUCACCAGACCACUCUGCCCUUUACAAUUGAUCAGAAUGAUGCCAUAGAUGGUGAGAAAAAGGUGAAAUGGACACUAACUAGAGAUGAGGAGUUGAACUGUAGAGCAGGACAUUGGGGUGACCUACAUGCUCUUCUAUACAAUGCACUUCCACCAAACCUAUUUCUUUGGGGUCACCGUUUCCUAUCUUUCUCCAUUUCUAGUGACAAGUCUUCAGUUAUAGUGAAGGCUUCAUCCCAUGAAACCAAUGAAGUCAUUGAAAUCAUCGGUGAUUUGCUCAUUGCAGCGGAUGGAUGUCUCUCUUCGAUCCGCCAAAGUUUUGUUCCUGACCAUAAACUGAGGUAUUCGGGUUAUUGCGCAUGGAGAGGGGUGCUUGAUUUUGCAGGAAAUGAGAAUUCAGAAACCAUAAUCGGCAUCCGAAAGGAAUACCCUGAGCUUGGAAAAUGCUUGUACUUUGGCUUAGGUUCUGGGACUCACACUGUGCUGUAUGAGCUUCCGAACCGAAGGCUGAAUUGGAUUUGGUAUGUCCAUCAGCCCGAACCUGAUCUGAAGCCUAACUCGAUGACCAUGAAGGCGAGCAGCGACAUGAUCCAGAGUAUGCACAAAGAAGCAGAGAAAAUGUGGCUUCCGGAGUUUGUGAGAGUGAUCAGAGAAACAAAAGAGCCCUUCAUCAAUGCUAUAUAUGACAGCGACCCCUUGGAAAAAAUCUACUGGGACAAUGUGGUACUAGUUGGAGAUGCAGCACACCCCACAACUCCUCAUGCCUUAAGAAGCACGAACAUGUCGGUGCUAGAUGCUGCGGUGUUAGGUCAAUGCUUGAAGAAGUGGGGAGCAGAAGAUUUGCAAUUUGCUCUUGAAGGAUAUCAAUCAAUUCGAUUACCAGUCGUGCGUAAACAAGUCUUGCACGCAAGGCGAAUGGGUCGGAUUAAACAAGGCCUUGUUCUUCCUGAUCGCCAGCUUUCCAACCCCGAGACCGCUAACCCAGAAGAGUGUCACGAGCUUCAGCAGAAACUCAUGCCCUUUUUCACCGAUGUUCCAUCCAUACUACUUUAAUUCAAAUGUUAUGCACCGGAUAAUCGUCAAGACAGAUCGUCCUGAUUCCGAUUCCGUUGCUCUGUAGCCAAUAAAGCAUGAUAUCCGUUCGGAGU